CGCGCGCGGAGCGGGCGCGGCGGCGGCGGGGGCGUAGCGAAGAUGGCGGCGGGGGCGCUGCGCCCCGCUCCGGGCUGAGCGCGGCGCGGCCCCGCGCGGCCCUCAGAGCGGCGGCGGCGGCGGCGGCGAUGUCCGAGCCGGAGCACCUGGGCGGGAAGCGGGCCGAGUCGGCGCGGCUGCGGCGGGCCGAGCAGCUGCGGCGCUGGAAGGGCUCCCUGACCGAGCAGGAGCCGGUGGCGGCGGGGGGCGGCCGCGGCCGGCACCGCGGCGCGGGAGGGUCCCGUGUCCGCUUCGAGGAGGGCGCCGUGUUCCUGGCCGCCUGCUCCAGCGGCGACACCGAGGAGGUGAAGAGGCUGCUGGGCCGCGGCGCCCGCAUCAACACCACCAAUGUGGACGGGCUGACAGCUCUGCACCAGGCAUGUAUCGAUGAAAACCUGGACAUGGUGAAGUUCCUGGUAGCAAAUGGAGCCAAUGUGAACCACCAAGACAUUGAGGGCUGGACCCCUCUUCAUGCAGUGGCAUCGUGUGGCUACCUGAACAUAGCAGAGUUCCUGAUCAGCCACGGGGCCAACGUGGCCGCGGUGAACAGCGAGGGGGAGGUCCCGUCCGACAUCGCCGAGGAGGCGGCCAUGAAGGACCUGCUGCUGGAGCACGUCAAGAAACAAGGUAUAGACCUAGAGCUGUCAAGGAAGGAGGAGGAGCAGCAGAUGCUCCAGGAUGCCCGGCAGUGGCUGAACAGUGGGAAAAUUGAGGAUGUGAAGCAGCCUCGGACAGGAGCCACAGCUCUUCAUGUUGCUGCAGCCAAGGGCUAUUCUGAAGUCAUGAGGCUCCUGAUCCAGGCUGGCUUUAAUCUGAACGUCCAGGACAACGAUGGCUGGACUCCACUCCAUGCUGCUGCUCACUGGGGAGUGAAGGAAGCAUGUUCCAUCCUGGCUGAAGCUCUGUGUGACAUGGACAUCAGGAACAAGCUGGGCCAGACACCCUUUGAUGUUGCUGACGAGGGACUUGUGGAGCAUUUAGAAAUGCUGCAGAAGAAACAGACUGUGCUGCGAAGUGAGAAGGAGACGAGGAAUAAACUGAUUGAAGCUGACAUGAAUGGGAAGCCUCAAAACAGACUCUUCACCAACAAAGAGAAGAUCCUUUAUGAGGAAGACACGUUGAAGUCCAUGGAAACUGAGGAAGAGAACAAGGACUCAAGCAGUUCUAGUUCUGAAGAGGAAGAAGCUGAAGAUGAAGUUUCAGAAUCAGAUGCUGAAAAGGAGUCAGAGAGAAAGGAAGAACCCUUUGCCAACCACUCCAGCCGUGAAUCCAGGCCCAGCAGCACUGAGCAAAUGCCUCCACCUGAGCCCAACUCCUUCACUGCAUCUGCCAGAAGAUUCAGUUGGCUCAGCAAGUCAGAGGAGCAGAAAGAUGAGUCACCCUCAUCGUGGAGGCUGGGGCUGAGGAAGACUGGCAGCCACAACACCCUGAGUGAAGUCACUGGCACUUGUGAGGCACAGAAGGAUAAAAGUUCCAUCUAUCGUUCCUCCUCCAGCCCUCGGAUAUCUGCCCUGUUGGACAGCAAGGAGAAGGACAGAGACAACAAGAGUUAUCUUGCCACCAUAGUCCCCAGAAGACUGAGCAGUACAAGUGAUAUAGAAGAAAAAGAAAACAGAGGCUCCGCGGUGACGCUGGUGCGCGGCGGCUCCUGCGCGCGGCAGCCCUGGCGGGACGAGCCAAGGGGGAACCCAGCUCCCCACCCUGCUGCUCCCACCACCUAUGUGUCCACCUACUUGAAAAGUGCUUCAUUUGGUAGAAGUAGUGACCUGAGCAGUCCCUACAUUUCAGCCAGUCGCAGUCCAUCUCUAGCUACCUCACCCUCUGCCAUUGGCUCAUCUACCUCCCUGGGCACCCCGUGGCAACCUGUCUCUUGCUGCCCCACAUCUCUGGGUGUGAACACUCCUGCUUCAGCCCGCCACAGCACCAGAGCCCCUUUCAGGCAGCAGGGUGAUUCUGCUGUAGAGAAAAGCGCAGAGGGCAGCGGUGGCAGCGCCCCCCUAGGUGUAAUCACAAACCGAGCAGUGCUGGGCAGCGCCGGGGCCGCCCCCGCCCCGGGCAGCGACCCCUCCCCUGAGGAGGCCAGGGGGCGCAGAAGGUCGUACCUGACCCCGGUGCGGGAUGAGGAGGCGGAGUCACUGAGGAAGGCGCGGUCCAGGCAGGCCCGGCAGACGCGCAGGUCUACCCAGGGUGUGACCCUGACGGACCUGCAGGAGGCCGAGCGCACGUUCAGCCGCUCGCGGGCGGAGCGCCAGGCGCAGGAGCAGCAGGACAGAGCCCAGGACAGAGCCCAGGACAGAGCCCAGGACAGAGCCCAGGACAGAGGCCUGGACAGAGCCCAGGACAGAGCCCAGGACAGAGCCCAGGACAGCAGCGAGAGGCCCGAGAGCCGCACGCGCUGGGGCAGGGCUGACGACGAGACCGUCUAUCGGCGAUUGAGGGGCCCCGCACAGCCCGACAAACCCACGACACCUGUGUCUCCUUCCACAGCAGCACCUCUGCUCUAUACAAGCUCAUACCUGACUCGAACAAAUAGAUAUCUAGGGCUGGACUCCACGAAUCCAGAUUUCAGAGCAGCAGCCACAGAGAUGGAGAAAAAUGAGUGUGAAGAUCAGGAUUCAGACGACAGGUCCCUGAACAAACAGUCGAUCCGAGAGCGGCGACGGCCAAAGGAGAGACGGAGAGGCACCGGCAUCAUCUUCUCAGCACAGGAUGAUGAUGAUGAAGUUGAUGGAAAUGAGGAAGUGAAGGAAACUCGGCAUGAAAGACUUUCCAGGCUGGAGGCAGCAAACCCCAGCAGCAGUGAGCCCCACGGGGAGCGUGCCUCGGGCCGCUGCGGCGCCUACGGCCGCAGGGAGAGCCGGCUCAGCGCCCUCGGCAGCCGCGCCGACGACGACAGCAGGGACUACAAAAAAUUAUAUGAGAGUGCCCUGUCUGAAAAUCAGAAGCUGAAGUCAAAGCUGCAAGAAGCCCAGCUUGAGCUGGCUGAUAUCAAAGCAAAGUUGGAAAAAGCAGCCCAGCAGAAACAGGAGAAAACUUCUGACCGGUCCAGCAUGCUGGAGAUGGAGAAGAGGGAGAAGCGAGCCCUGGAGCGGAAACUCUCUGAAAUGGAGGAGGAAAUGAAGAUUUUGACAGAGCUGAAGUCAGACAACCAAAGGCUGAAGGAUGAGAACGGAGCCCUCAUUCGUGUCAUCAGCAAACUCUCCAAAUAGGAAUCCUGAGCAGAGGCAGGACAAGGAGGGGUGUCCUACACCAGCUGCCAACCCCAGCCCUAGCCCUCCCCCUUCCUUCCCCUCAGUACAGCAAGUGUUCCAGCUGUGGGAUCAAUGUCACACCUGCCUUGCCCUGCCCUUUGCUGUACAUUCCCUUUCUACCCCUCUUUCCUCCCAACACACCCCCUGCCAUUCUAUUUGUUUUUUUAAUUUAUGCAUGUUGUGGUAUCUCAGACAUUUUAUUCAAGGGAGAAGUGUGAGGACUGGGUUUGAGCUGCCAAAACUUCUUCCAGAAGCUCAGUACUUGGUUUUGGACUCUGACUGGGAGUGGGAAGCUCCUGCUGUAAAAAGUGACACCUGAAGAAUUAACCCAGCAUAUCCAAGCCCUUUACAGGUGGGAAAUGUGAAGCUGGGCUGGGACUCUGAGGAUGCACAUCAGCCCCUGAGAUGAGGGACUCUGGUUACAUGUGAUGCUGUGAAAGCCACCAGAGCUCAUGUUUGUCACUGAUGAGCUGUUUUGCACAAAGACCUUCUCCUCUUUCCCCAGCAGACUGAGUUUUCUAUUUAAGAUUUUGAACCUGUUGAGUAACACCAGUGCUGACACUCAGUGUCAGACCCUUAUCCCUCACCCUCCCUUUCCCCACAGCCUGGGUGAUCCUGUGUCACAUCAUGUCCUUCCACAGCUCCUGUCUCUCUGGUUCCAGCAUCCAGUUACCACCUGGACUCUUGUUCCUUGGGACAGGAUGUAUCCCAGGCACUUGCUGAGCUUUCUGAAGGACAAACUUGAACCCCUACAGACCCUCUGCUGCUCUCACCUGUGUGUGAGUGUGAAUCACCUUGCUGGGAGCAAUGCCCAUGCCAGAAACCAGCCUCCCCUUCCAACAGCCUGGGACAUUCUCCUGAAGGCAGAGCCCCAUUGCAGAGCCUGGUCUGGUGUUUUGGGUGCCCCCCCUGCUGUGAUUUGCAGCAGGAUUUGUAGAGAUCAUAUGCCAGCCUCCUGUCCCACACACCUUGGAAAGGGAAGGGUGUCAGUGUCAGAGGGACAAGGAGAUGCUGGUAACUGAAUCACCAUGAUGGAAGUCUUCUGACCUGUCAAAAACUUGUGAUAAGCUUUGACUUUGAAGGAAACCUCCAGAAAUAUUCCUCUUUAAUGUUACAUGUACUUUGAACAGUUUGGAGUUGUUCUCUCCCAUGGGCAUUUAGGCAUUGGCUCCUCUCUCCAUGCUGUGGGACAUCAUCAGGUCUGUUGAGCUGCCCUAUAACAGACUCUUCUCAAACAAUACCUUCCCUCUCAGAAACAUCCUGCUGUAUCAGAAACAUUCUCCCAUCUACAUCCUUCCAUAUUUGUCCUUUCAUCCCCUUUGUCCUUCAGCUCCCCAGACUUUGUCUGGCCAAGGGCAGUUCUUGGUCCCUGAACCUGGAGGUGGCCAAAAGCAGUUCUGCCAUGUUCCUAGGCAGCUCUGCUGGCUCUGGCUGGGGGGUCUCUCCACUGCCAGAGAGAUGAGAUACUUGAACAUGAGCAGAAUACUUGAGCUUGCUGAACAGGGUAAAACUUAAUCUCUUAUUGGGCAGUCCUGGCCUUUUUCCAGCCUCUUGCUUGUUACUGCCUCAGAAAGCCUCUCUGUUUUCCUCUUCCUGGGGUUUUCUCUCUUUGUUCCCCCCUCCCCAAUUCUCCAUUUUCCACCCUCCCCUCCCUGUCCUGCCUGUUUCCACCUCUCUUGCUCUUCCUGGAGCUGCCAGGUUUCCCAGGCUGCUCUGACCAUAAGUUGCUCCUCAGCUGCUGAGCUUUGGCAGGAAGAGACCAAAGCUGGUAAAGGCAUCAGGGUUUCUGCAGAGCACUGCCUAAGCCAGGCAUCCUUUUUAUAUUCCUUGAUUUUAACCCUGCUCUAUUUAACAGCUUUAAGUCUUGAGAUCAGUCAAUGCUUCCCUGCACGCUGCUCCCCCUGGUGCACUCUUCCUGUGAGUUCUUUGCUGUUUUCUCUCUUGGUGGCCUCUCCUCACUUCAGCCCUGGGCUCUGCCUCUGCUCAGGAGAUCAGGGCAGGAGCCUGGUCCCUUCUGUGCCACGUGGAGGAGGAGAUGCUCCCUGGGCCAGCACCUCGGGCCAGGCACCCCUGGAUGAGGGGAUGAGGGGGAGAGCUGAGAACAAAGAUCCUGUUCUGCUCACAGGCAGCAGGAAGAGGCCUGAUGUCUGUUUUAGGGAGAGGGUUCAACCCAAUGUGACAAAUCCAUCCUGCACUGAUGUUUUUCCCUUUCUACCAGGACAUUCACUGUGCUUUUUCCCAAGGAACAGAGUGGAAAGGCUGUGGGAGGCUCAUUCUUCUGAGUGGCACCUUGCAGAGCCAAAUCCCUUAAGCUGAAGUGUCUGCUUAGCACUGGAUUCUCCUGAGCCUUGGGCCCCCACAGCUCAGUGUCCCUGACCAGCCAAAGCUGUGAGCAUCUCGUGGUGAUGGCACAACUGCAAACCAAAUUCUUGAGAAUGGAUUUUUUUUUGUCUCACUUCAUGCCUGACAUAACCAGUGCACUGAGGAGGUGACAGACAGGACACCUCAAACCCUGUGCUUGGGGCAAGGUGCAGAGCAAAUACCUUUUAAAAUUGAUCCCUCUUGGAACCAGAGCAUUUGCCAGACGUGGUCUCCCCUGGGGAACAUGAGCUUUUUUUUUCUAAGCAAUUGCUUGGGGUGAGUUAAUUUUUAUUGCUUGGGGUGAACCCACCUGUUGUGGCUGCAAGUUUGGUGAUGGCUCUUUGUAAAUAAACUUGGAGAAGCAGGACUGGCUGAUGAGAUGGGGAGAGAAUGUAUUUUUAUGCAACUUUUGAGUGGCCUUUCAAACCCUGAGAUGAAUGAUUUGUUUUACUGGUUGUUGUUAUAUAGUAUUAUAAGUAUUAUGUGUUUGAAAGUUUGGGAAUAAUAUUCACAGCUAUGAUGCUUGUAAACACAACAGUAUUUAUAAAUGAAUAAAGUAAGAGUUGAUAAAAUAGAA